UUGGGUGGCCGCGGGCGUGUUGUGAGCGCCUGGUCGGAGCUACGGGGCGGGGGACCCGCGCCCGGAGCGCCCCGCCUGGCUUUUCCCGCGGAGCCAGCGUCGCUGCUGCACAGACACACACCCACCGAGCUCCACCGAGUGCCCCCGAGCACCCGCCGCCCCCGCUGGCCGCAGCCGCGCCUCGGGCAGCGGGAUCCAGCGCCAAGUCCAGGGCUGGUGCGGCGCGCAGAGAACCUCUUGAUUUUUUUUUUCCCCCUUCACUCCAGCCCUCUCUGGUCUGGGCGGCGGCGGCGGCGGCAGGGGGAUGGGGGCUCCACGCGGGGAAAGGCGGGUGACGAUCGAGGAAGAUUAUUGUUCUUUUUAAAGGAUGCCUUCGCUACUUAUCAAUGCGGCUUCUGUGAACCUUCUUACUAGAGACUGCAAACCGGAGUGAGAGAUGUAAAGAAGGAAGGAAAGCUGCCUGGAGCUCCAGCCAGCCGGGCAGACCCUCCUCUCUGUGGAGGGGAGGGGGAUUUUCUACGACACAUCAUUGGCAAAAGGGACCUUUGCAGGAGAGGAAUCCUCUGAGGGAGCAGGGAAUCCCACAGCCCCCCUGUGGCACAGGAGCCAGAGCUGCUGGCUGAGCUGAGCUGGGUCCCUGGGAGCUAGCUGAUGUGGCGAUGCCUGUUCCAGAGGAAUCCAGCUUCAGGUGACUUCCUUUCUAAGGACUCUAGCUCUGUGGCUCUGUCCAGUUCAAAAUGGCAGAAAAGGCACCCCCUGGCUUGAACAGAAAGACAUCCAGGUCAACACUUUCUCUUCCCCCGGAACCUGUGGACAUUAUCCGAAGCAAAACAUGCUCUCGGAGAGUUAAGAUCAAUGUCGGGGGCCUUAACCACGAAGUCCUGUGGAGAACUCUGGACAGGCUUCCCAGGACACGCCUGGGGAAGCUCCGAGACUGUAACACUCACGAGAGUCUCCUGGAGGUGUGCGAUGACUACAACCUUAACGAGAAUGAGUAUUUUUUCGACCGACAUCCUGGAGCCUUUACAUCUAUUCUAAACUUCUACCGGACAGGGAAGCUCCAUAUGAUGGAAGAAAUGUGUGCGCUCUCUUUUGGCCAAGAGCUUGAUUAUUGGGGCAUCGAUGAGAUCUACCUAGAGUCCUGCUGCCAAGCCAGAUACCAUCAGAAGAAAGAGCAGAUGAACGAAGAACUGAGGAGGGAGGCGGAGACCAUGCGUGAGCGUGAGGGUGAGGAGUUUGAUAACACCUGCUGCCCGGAGAAAAGGAAGAAACUUUGGGACUUGCUGGAGAAACCUAACUCGUCCGUGGCUGCAAAGAUCCUGGCCAUCGUGUCUAUCCUGUUCAUCGUUCUUUCCACCAUUGCUCUGUCUCUCAACACACUUCCAGAGCUGCAAGAAAACGACGAGUUUGGGCAACCCAGUGACAACCGGAAGUUGGCACAUGUAGAGGCUGUGUGCAUUGCUUGGUUUACCAUGGAGUAUCUUUUACGAUUCCUGUCCUCACCGAAUAAAUGGAAAUUCUUUAAAGGCCCGCUGAAUGUCAUUGACCUUCUGGCCAUCUUGCCAUACUAUGUAACCAUCUUCCUCACCGAGUCUAACAAAAGUGUGCUGCAGUUCCAGAAUGUUAGACGAGUGGUCCAGAUCUUCAGAAUCAUGCGUAUCCUCAGGAUACUGAAACUCGCCAGACACUCAACGGGCCUGCAGUCUCUGGGCUUCACGCUCAGGCGAAGUUACAAUGAGUUAGGUUUAUUAAUAUUAUUUCUGGCCAUGGGGAUAAUGAUAUUUUCCAGCUUGGUGUUUUUUGCUGAGAAAGAUGAAGAUGCUACCAAAUUCACCAGUAUCCCUGCAUCAUUUUGGUGGGCUACCAUCACCAUGACCACUGUGGGCUACGGUGACAUUUACCCUAAAACACUGUUAGGAAAAAUCGUGGGUGGUCUCUGCUGCAUUGCAGGAGUCCUGGUUAUUGCCCUUCCUAUACCCAUCAUUGUGAACAAUUUCUCUGAGUUCUAUAAGGAGCAAAAACGCCAGGAGAAAGCUAUUAAAAGGAGAGAGGCUCUUGAAAGAGCCAAAAGAAACGGCAGCAUCGUUUCUAUGAACUUAAAGGAUGCCUUUGCUAGAAGUAUGGAACUGAUAGACGUGGCUGUGGAGAAGGCUGGAGAGUCGGCCAAUACCAAGGACUCAGUAGAUGAUAAUCACCUGUCUCCAAGCCGGUGGAAGUGGGCCAGGAAGGCGCUGUCGGAAACAAGCUCCAACAAGUCUUACGAGAAUAAGUACCAGGAGGUUAGCCAAAAAGACUCCCACGAACAACUGAACAAUACUUCUGCCUCCAGCCCACAGCAUCUGAGUGCCCAGAAGCUGGAGAUGCUAUACAAUGAAAUCACCAAGACACAGCCUCAUUCCCACCCGAAUCCAGACUGCCAAGAACAGCCCGAGAGACCAUCUGCGUAUGAGGAGGAGAUAGAAAUGGAAGAGGUGAUCUGCCCACAGGAGCAGCUGGCUGUGGCACAGACCGAGGUCAUUGUGGACAUGAAGAGCACCUCCAGCAUUGACAGCUUCACCAGCUGUGCCACUGACUUCACAGAGACUGAGAGAUCGCCCCUGCCACCGCCCUCUGCCUCUCAUUUGCAGAUGAAGUUCCCCAUGGACCUCCCAGGAACAGACGAGCACCAAAGAGCCAGGGCACCUCCAUUCCUCACACUAAGCAGAGAUAAGGGGCCUGCUGCCAGGGAGGCUGCAAUGGAUUAUGCCCCAAUUGACAUAACUGUGAACCUCGAUGCUGGAGCUUCCCAUGGUCCUUUGCAACCUGACAGUGCCAGCGACAGCCCUAAGAGCUCUCUGAAAGGGAGCAAUCCCCUCAAGUCCAGAUCCCUCAAAGUGAACUUUCAGGAAAACAGAGCCAGUGCACCACAGACCCCACCCAGCACAGCCAGGCCACUGCCAGUAACCACAGCUGACUUUCCACUCGCCACACCCCAGCACAUGAGUACCAUCCUUCUAGAAGAAGCCCUCCCGCAGGGACAGAGACCCUUGCUGGAGGCUGAUGUUUCGGCACACUGUCAGGGACCAUCCAAAGGUUUCUCCCCACGAUUUCCCAAGCAAAAACUGUUUCCUUUCUCUUCUAGAGAAAGGAGGAGCUUCACUGAAAUAGACACUGGAGAAGACGAAGACUUCUUGGAUCUCCAAAGGUCAAGACCAGACAAGCAAGCAGAUCCCAGCUCCAACUGCUUAGCAGAUAAGCCUGGCGAUGCCAGAGACUCUUCAAGAGAAGAGGGCUCUGUGGGUUCCUCCUCUCCCCAGAACACAGACCACAACUGUAGGCAAGACAUUUACCAGGCUGUGGGUGAAGCCAAAAAGGACAGUAGUCAAGAAGGUUACAAGAUGGAGAACCACUUGUUUGCCCCAGAAAUUCAUUCCAACCCAGGAGACACAGGUCACUGUCCCACUCGUGAGACCAGCAUGUGACAAAAGCAAUAAAAGAAAAAAAAACUGUUUCUUAAAAAUGCGAUUAAUAAUGCCGUGAACUAAAAUAUGAGAAACCCCUCCCCCUAAUACCAGUGCAUAAAAUAUUAUUUUUUUGCAUGGCAUGAACAGUAUAGUUUAAGUACUGUUUAAAUAAAACCGAGUCCUGAAUAGCGAGCACAUGAAGUGCUCCCUUGGGAACCAGUGCUCAGCCAUGUCUGACGUUUUUGCUCCUUUCAUUUCCAAUAGCAGGCAGGUUUUGGAGUUUCAACUCUUCCCUCCCAGUGAACUUUAGAAUUUGCACAUGAAAGGAUGAAAUGUUGUUGCAUGUGUUCAUGCUUACGGGGAGAAAGGUGCUUUCAGCUUGCAAAACUUUGCAUAACUUUGUAAAUAGGCCUGGAUGUAAAUGUGCCUCGAACAUGUGGACACGCCAUUUCUGAGACACAGGUACCUCCUUCACAGUUACUGCCUGGAGGAGCUGUCCAGACUUCCUGUUGCAAAAUUGUAACCUCUUCUUAACCCAUUUUGUGUAUCUUGCUUUGGAUUAUAAAGCUCUUAGGUUUGUUUAAAGGAAUACAGUAUUUUUAUUUUUAGGAUAUAACUUGGAGGGUAUAUUUAUAUGUAUUUUCACUUAUUUGGGAUACAGUUGACAGGGUAUUUUUCUUUUCUUCUUUCGCUUUGUUGUUGCAAUUGUGAUGUUCUUAUAAAUCAAGGAAAUUAGUAAGAUUUAAUGACCAGAUAUCAACUAUUUGGAAUUUAAGCUUGAACUUUUACCUAUAAACUAAAUAUCACAUCAUAGAUUAUUACAGAAAUUCAAUUUACAUAAAGCUGAAAAUGUACAGAAGGUUCUAGUAUAAAAUAAAACUUUUAAUUGGUACUCCACAUUCAGAAAUCACCUUUAAAACAAUGUGUGCUUCAGCACUCCAAACUUGGAUUUUUUUUUUCUGCUGUCCAACAUACAAAUAAAGAGCUGCUAAAAACGGAGAUUCCAUAAAACGACUUUUAAGAAACUAGAAGUAGAGCCCCCUUAAGAGACAAAGCCGGUCCCAGCAUGAGUUACUGUGCUAGGAGCCCAGGUCUGGGCCACUAGGGUAGAGACCUAGGAAGACAGUCCAAGGUUCAGACGUAAGUCCUUCCCAAGCAAGCCCAGAACACUCAGCAACUGCAGCAACCCUUCAAGUUUUCUCAUGUUUCCAAGCCUGGAACCUCUAAAAGAGGACUUUCUUGCUGAAAGUCAUGCCAGGCAUUUCUUACCGAGAACACCAAACCCAGAGGCACUGGGCACUGGGGGUACCCUGCUCACCAGACUCGCCUUGAUUUGUGGAAAUCAAAGUUCCAGGCACUGAUGAGCAGCUGCCGGCAGUGUAUUCUCCAGGCACUGAUGAGAGGCUGCCGGCGGUGUAUUCUCCAGGAUAUCUCCAACCUCAUGGGAUCUCACAUGCAUCCAAAGGAAAACAGUCCAACUUAUUUCUAAGCCUACUUAAGAUCUCAAAUUAAUGAUUUCUUAGAUUCCUGGCAAUGCUCAGGUUUUGUGGCAGCAAAAUGCAUUUCAUGCAUGUGUCUAUAUAGUUCAGGGAAAUGGGGAAACUGCCAGCACAAACUACAAAGUGUAUUGUUUAAGGGGGGAAAAAAAUCUAAAUUUUGUUUUUUGUUCUUUAAAGGAAAAAUGUUUACAAAAAUAGCCCAAAUAUUUAGAAUCUAAUAUAAAUCUUAAAUAUUUCUUAAUUAACAGGAUCUGGUCAUUAAAUCUCAAAUAAGGAAAUGAAUUUUGAUUUUAGUUAAAAUUCAAGCAGUCCUGGUAUUAAGAAUAAUUCAGAAUAUUUCUU